CACUAACGGAUCGGUCGGCGUGCCGUUUAGUUCCUGUCCUUACAAUUUCAUCUGGCUUUCGUGUAUUCUCCUACUCCGUCUCAAGUCGUAGCAGUGACAAUCGAAGACGUCAGAUUAAAGAAGCUUAACGCAGCAUCAUGUCAAGUCCGUCGUUAAAAGAUUUACCAAAAGUGGCGCUAGAUUUAAAAAGCGAGCUGGAAGGUUUCAAUCACGGAUGUAUGAAGAAAGCUGAAACUGCGGAGAAAAAUGUUUUGCCAUCUGCAGAAGACGUGCGACAAGAGCGACAACAUUCUGAUUUGAUUCAUGGUUUGGAAAGUUUUAAACAAGAUCAAUUGAAGCAUGCAGAUACAAAGGAGAAGAUUAUUUUACCAAAUGCGAAAGAUGUUGCAGCAGAAAAAACUCAGCAAACACUGAUUGCUGGCAUCGAAACAUUUGAUCCAACUAGUUUGAAACGUACUACUACUCAAGAGAAGAAUCCGUUGCCUGAUAAAGAUGCUAUUCAACAAGAAAAGGGAAAGCAACAAUUGAUAUCUGGAAUCGAAAAUUUUGAUACAGCGCUACUUAAGCAUGCAGAAACGCUUGAAAAAAAUCCAUUGCCUACCAAAGAAGCAAUUGCUGCUGAAAAAAUAGCUGCUUAAGAAGAUCAUCGGAAUAAUGAAGAAGAGCAAAAAAAAAGCAGCAGCAAUUUGUCAUUUCUUCCAUUUUCUAUAUCAUGACAUUGUAUAACAAUAAUUCAUACAUUACCAACAAAAAUGUGAAUGCGAAACACUGUGUUAAUGUAAUCUCAUGAUUAUACUUAUACUACCGUCACAAACGUUCCUUCUGGCGAUAUCUAAACGCAAUAAAUGGUUUUCUAUUAUGAUCAAGAAAACCCUUAGAUAUUAUGGCGAUGCGAGUCCUAAUAUUUUUUCUCAAACUAACUUGAUUUUAGGCUCACAAUACGCUAUCAUCCAAAUAUUUUGAUACUCGUCAAAGGAUGUACUUUUUAUACUAAAAAAAAAAAAUAAAGCUGCACGCAAGUAAAACUUUAUUUUCUAUAGCAGC